GGAUCAAGUAACUGUUAGCAGCGCCUCACAGGCACACACAACACUGUCGUUUUGUGCGAGCACUCUGCAGGUGAGGCAUUCUGGAGGACGUCUGCACUAAAACCAGGACGAGAAGGACGAAGGAGCCGAAGAGGAGAGAUGAGGAAUCACCGGCGCUCCAAUUCAAGCCUUGAAUCCUGCGUUUGUUAUAGUAGCAUCUGAAAAUGCUUCUGUGCACAUCUGGACUCAAACGUUUUUUCUUACACUGGAACUAAAUAUUUGUUGUUGUUUUUUUUUAAACUUGGAUAUUAGGAGAAAUUUUUUGUUGACUUCAUUUUUUUUCUUUGACUUGUCAGAGAAAGUGGAAGUCCCUCUGGAGCAGCUGAGAAUCACAAUAAUACAAAAAAUCUAGUAAGGAACAGAAAUGGCACAAGGACCAGUUUGUUAGUGAAAUGUGCGCUAAGUCAUUCUUUAAAUAAUUCAAGUACCUCAAGUCUCUUUAACUUCAAAAUUGAAAAUAAUUUGCAGAAAAUUUCAGAAUUUCAUGCGGGAACUGAGUCCUUUGGAGUCUGCAGGGGGACCACUGCCCUCAAUCUGGACUCUGGAGGGUUCUCCUCCCUGCCCUCCCAGUCUAUCCUCACCCCCAGCAGCAUGUCCCUGGCUCAGAGACUGCCUCUAGUCUUCCUCACAGCACACUACCAUGAUCAGAUGGGCAGCUGGAGGGAGUAAGGCUGCCUUUGCCUCGUUCUGCUCCGGGGCCGGUUUACGAGCUCCCUCUGGCUCCGAGGCCAGCACACGACUGAGGUCAUCGACUCUGCGGUCCCCCCUGUCUUUUCCCGUCCUGGUUACCCUGCUGGUUUUCACCCAGUCCUUACCUGAGGCUUCCUGCCACCAACUUCGCAGAGACAGACUGAAACUCUACAACCCACAAACCGCCGGGGUUCCCCUGAACAUUUCAGAGUUUGAGCUGAUCUCUGAACCGAGGGCCACUAGGAGGCCCUUGGGUCGGACUGGGGGGCCACAGGGAAGGCAUGUUCGCAGCUACAAUCAUCUUGAAGGGGACAUACGGAGGAGAAAGCUGUUUUCUUUCCACAAGUUCUUCCUGAGGAUCGACAUGAAUGGGAAAGUCAAUGGAACCAAAAGCAAGGAUGACCCUCUUAGUAUUCUGGAAAUUACAUCAGUGAAUGUGGGAGUAGUGGCCAUCAAAGGGCUGAACAGCAACUACUAUCUGGCUAUCAGCAGGACGGGAGAGCUGUACGGAGCGAAGGAGUUUGGCAUUGAAUGCAAGCUAAAGGAGCGAAUCGAGGAGAAUGGCUACAACACGUAUGCAUCAGCCGCGUGGAAGUUCAAGAAGCGGAUGUUCGUGGGUCUAAACGUCCACGGGAAGCCGAUGAGGGGCAGAAAAACACGCAGGAAGAACGUGUCCACCCACUUCCUCCCAAUUAUGGUGUGAACUUUGAGAGCCCGCCUGGAGUGGGUUUGGUUAUUUACAGCACUGGACUGAAAGAUUUUCAAUACUGAGCAGCUCUGGAGAAGAAGGAUCUGCAUCGAGAAAUUUUAUAUUCAGAAACAAGGGGCACUAACUUACACUGUCACACAAUCCCGUUGUCUCCUGACUUUAGCAGACAUCUCUUUAGAAGACAGAAGGAUUUAUGUGUUUUGAAUGGCAUCAUCCGCAAAGCAUACCUGUUUUUUUUACUGUGCCAAACAGUUGGUGUGAUUCGGAUAAAAGCAGAAAUUCCAUUCUAGCAAACAAGGAUCUUAAUGUGUUAUUUAUAAUCCAAAUUCUCCAUGGAGACAAAACCGAAGUGAGAAACAAGAGCUGGCCUAAUGAAAUGAUCACUCAGAUUAUCACGAUAGCGUCAAAUAUUAGAGGGCGCAUUUAAACAACGUGUUUGACAACCUAACCUUUCUGCUUUGACUGAAUUGCAAUGAUUUAUUUAUUUUGUGAGAUAUUUAAUUUGAAAGCACACCAGCAUUCCUUAGCAUUCUACUUUUUAUAGGAUAUCUGUCAUGUGAAAAUAAAAAACAACCAUUUCUUCUGCAAAA